AUGCUGCAGCGGUGGCAGCAGCUGGAGCGAGAGGUGAGUACAGCAGGUGCUGCGCUGCAGCAGCUGCAGGAGAAGCGGCAGCAGCAAGCAGCAGACAGCAGCAAACAAGCCGAGCUGCUGCUGCAGGAGCUGCGGGCCACAACCAGGACAGGGACAGAAGUAAAGACAGAAAUAAAAAAAAUAUUAAGAGGAGAGACAGAAGCAGAGAAGCGUGUGGUUGCUGUUGCUGAGAGUGUAGCAGCAACGCUGCAGCAUUUGGAGUCUUUAUUUAUACACCGUGGAUGUCAGGCGCAGCAGCAGGAUCCUGCUGCUGCUUCUGCUGCUGCUGCUGCUGCUGCUGCAGCAGCAGCAGCAACGGGAGAAGCAGCAGAAGGACCUGGGGAUGCAGCAGAGAAGGGCGCAGCAGCAGCAGAGCAGCAGCAGCAGCAGCAGCAGCAGCAGCAUCAGCAGCAGCAGCAGCUGGAGGCAGCAAAGGAGAAGCUAGUGCAGCGGAUCAGCAGCACAGCGAGAACAAUAGGUAGCUUUCGGGAGCAGCAAACUGCUGCUGAGGUGCAGCAGCACCUCGCCAGCAUUGCUGCAGCAGGACAUGUAGAGAGACACAAGCUGCUGCUGUCGAUGGUGGAGCAGACGAGUGCGUGGCUAGUCAGUGUACAGCGCAUACUCAGCAGCAGCAGCAGCAGCAGCAGCAGCAGCAGCAGCAGCUUCAUAGGCACUGGCAGCAGCCGCUCUAGCAUGUUAUAUUUACAGCAGCUUAUGCUGCAGCUGCUGCAGCUGCUGCAGCAGCUGCUGCAGCAGCAGCAGCAACUGCAGCAGCAGCAGCAACUGCAGCAGCAGCAGCUGCUGCAGCAGGAGGAUUCCAAGCCAUGA